UCGCAUGAUCAGCCUUUCGUAUUCACGUAUAUCCUUAGCUGAUAUAGCUCAGAAGUUGCAAUUAGAUAGCCCAGAGGAUGCUGAAUUCAUUGUUGCCAAGGCUAUUCGGGAUGGUGUGAUUGAAGCUAGCAUUAACCAUGAGAAAGGGUAUGUCCAGUCAAAGGAGAUGACUGACAUAUAUUCCACCCGGGAGCCCCAGCUUGCUUUCCACCAACGUAUUUCCUUCUGCCUGGACAUUCACAAUAUGUCUGUCAAGGCUAUGAGGUUCCCCCCAAAAUCUUACAACAAGGACUUGGAGUCUGCAGAGGAGCGCCGGGAGCGUGAGCAGCAGGAUCUAGAAUUUGCCAAGGAAAUGGCAGAGGAUGAUGAUGAUGAUGGUUUCCCUUGAUGCUCUAUGGGGGUGGCACAUUUGUUUGUGGGUUUUUUUGUUUGUUCACCAAUACAAAACCUUAUCGUCUGAAAACCAGAACCUGCCUUCUUUCCAUAUUCUGCAUGUUGGGGGCAGUACCCCAAAAAUCCUCUAGCUGCUGCAGGAAGAUGACAUAGGACCUCAAAUUAAAGGGUUGAUCCUUGCUUCUGAACUAAAGGUCACUGUGGUUUUCAGUCAUAACUAUUCCCUUACAAAGGGCCAGACUAAUCCAUUGUCCUUACUGGAGUUCUGCUCCAGCUGGCAAAGUAAUUUCAGU